CCGUCAAAACACGAAUCUCUCUCUCAAACCAGAGGGAGAGAAUAUUUUCUUUACGAUAAUCAUUCUUUUUUUCGUUGAAUUUCUUCGGUGGCUGCUUUUUAUCCUUCUUUCGUCUCCUUACACUUUCUUUGUCCUCUGUCUUUCUCUCUACACUCUCUCUCUCUCUCUCUCUCUCAUUGUGAGCUUGCAACCAAAGCAGCCAUGUCUUACCGGGGGAGGGGGACAAAUGCUUCCUCUGGCAUGGGCGUUGCUGAGCAAAGCAUGACCACGUACCUUGAACUGCAGAGGAAGAAGGUGCACCGCUAUGUAAUUUUCAAGAUUGAUGAGAAGAAAAAAGAGGUUGUGGUCGAAAAAACUGGAGGCCCAGCUGAAAGCUACGAUGACUUAACUGCAUCUUUGCCAGAGAAUGAUUGCCGAUAUGCAGUUUAUGACUAUGACUUUGUGACUUCUGAGAACUGCCAGAAGAGCAAGAUAUUUUUUAUUGCAUGGUCUCCUGCUGUAUCUAGAAUCCGUGCUAAGAUGCUCUAUGCAACAUCAAAGGAAAGGUUCAGAAGGGAGCUGGCGGGCAUCCAUUAUGAGAUUCAGGCAACAGACCCAACUGAAAUGGAUCUUGAAGUCCUCAGAGACCGCGCAAACUAAGCACUCGUUUCAAAGGUUUUGUUAUCAGAGAACAGCUGGGGGGGUUGUCUUUGGUGACCGAAUGAAAUACAAUUUCAUUCUUCAAUUAGUUGCACACAAAAUACAUAUAGCUUAACUAUCAAAUAAUGGCCACCUGAGAAGGCUGAUUGGGGGCUCGUGGCUAUGAUACCCGAUACAGGGGAAUUUGGGCUUCCUUAUUGCCAUGAUGCUUCCCAGGUGAAAAUGGGUAUGUUACGUGUACUGAUAAUUUGACUGCUAUUCUACUAAUAUGGAUAUUGUAUCAGUGGUCCACGCUUGAAUUCAUUUCAUUGCUUGUCAUGGCAAA